AUGAAUGAUCAGGCAAUUAAAAUUGAACCACCAGAAUAUUCACCAGAAGACAUUAAACUCGAAAUGGAGGAUGGAUUUGAUGAUCAUGAUGUUACUGUUAAAUCUGAAUCGUGUUCUGAAGAUGGUGAUACGUGUUUAGAAAGAUUCAUGAAUUCUGAGGUUACAAUUGAAGAAGAAGUCAAACAGGAGUUAGUUGAAACAUCAACUUAUGAAUGUGACGUUUGCAAUAGUGGGGUACGUCCCCAUGAAUGCGAUAUAUGCAAAAAGAAAUUUACACAAUCAGGUAGUCUGAAACGUCACAUUCUGAUACACAGUGGGGUACGUCCCCAUGAAUGCGAUAUAUGCAAAAAGAAAUUUACACAAUCAGGUAGUCUGAAACGUCACAUUCUGAUACACAGUGGG